AUGGAAAAUAAAUCAUAAUUUAUAUUUUCUGAUAGAAUCAAAUUAUUGUAAUAAUUGGGACCUGAACCAGAAAGAGAAGAUAUUUAAAAGAUAGCCACGAUGUUUAAAAUACCAGAGGGAAAACUUUAGAAAUGGAUUAACCAGUAUGAUAAAUAUGUACUGCCUUAGAGGAAAGAGAUAAUAGAUUCUGAUGAUGAUUAAAUAAACAAAUUAAUAUAAGAACAAAGAUAAUUAUGCUAAGAACUUUCUGCUUUGGUGGAAUAAAUAAAUGAAAUACAUAAAAAGAAAUAAUUAUUAUAUUAUUAAUGA